AUGCGCUGCCCCGAACUUCCACUGGGUUUGUUUAUCCCGACCACCACUCCAUUGGGGGAUGUGUGGCACGCGACCAAUCAAAGCGGUGGGUGGAACGUCACGCCCCGGUCGUCCAACAACGUUCCCUUCUCCAUGAGCCUUGUUCUGGCUUAUAAGCUUGCCUCCAUCAACCCUAGCGCCUUCGAAGCAGGAAAAAGCAUCCUGGACGCAGUUCCCUACGACUACUCCCACUCCCCCAACACCGGCGAGCCGUUUUCCUGCCGAGUCUGGGUGAAGGAUGCUCUGGCUGAGCUCCACAAGAACCCAAUAUUCAUGCUUACGCGGGAAUUUUCUUUGAUUAAAAGCGAGUUAGUCGACCGAGCCAAUUUCCCCAAGGAUGAGGUAAAGGGAGGUACAGGCAAUGCCGAGGUUGAGAACUAUGGAAUGAAUUGA